UUUCUGUAAUUUAGGUCUAUAUAUAUUGCUUUCUGUAGGAAAUUUGCUAAUCCUUGUAAUGCAAAUCGGAGUGUUGUUAAGUGAGUGUGGUCACCUUGGUGCCGAUGUGUGCAAGGAGCUAGUGAGAAAGAGAUGUAGCACGCAAUAUUAGUGAGCCACGCAAGGUCGAGCUAGCAAGGGAGCUAUAGCUCGCUGCUAGCAAAGGCUUGCAGCAGGUCCGAGCUAUAGCUCGCAUGCGAGAGAGCUAGAGCUCGCUACCCAGAAAGCCUACGGCAGGGCCGAGUGAGAGCUCUCAUGCGAGAGAACUAUAGCUCGCUGCCCAGAAAGCCUAUGGCAGGGCCGAGCGAGAGCUCUCAUGCGAGAGAAUUAUAGCUCGGCCGUGGGUUUGGGCUUUGCGUGGAAAGCUUGCCUUGCUUUGUUUCUUUUUCUUUCUUCUCCUAUAAAUACUACUCCUUAACUCUUAUUUCAUACAUACGUUAUUUUCGUUAUUGAAAACCAAAAUACACAAACACAAACCUAGCCUUUGAGAUCUGAACAGUUCUCGAGUAAUUCCACUUUUCGGGUACACGAGUUACGGAGAGAGUUGUGUUAACAUUAGGGGGCGUGCGUCAUCAGGAAACCUGUACCGGUGGCGGCGUAUUUCGCUUCUAAUGCAAUAGAUUCCAUUUUGCGGCACAACUGUAUAUUUGAGAUCAUCAAUCAAGUAUUUUCUCGUUUAUCUUCUUUAUUUUAUUAUUGGAAUCGACAAGUAUUUUACCAACACUUUCCACUAAACAAAAUUAUAUAUAAAAAAUCCAAACCCAAAGUGUUUUAUCCAAAGAUAAAUACAUAAAUAAUAUAUUUAAUGCUUAUAUCCAUUUUUUGAAAAUGUGAAUUAAAUUGUUUAAACCUGUGAGGUGUAACAACCCUCCUUACCGAGUUUACAGAGUACCUUUUAACCACUAGAUAAAUGUGAGUCCGAAGUACGUAGUAAUAAUUAUUGUAACUUACUGCCUCAAAAGAUAUGAAGUAAUAAGUCAAAACUGAUAAGUACAAUAUGUUAUAAAAUGAAAAUUAUAAUCUUGCUUGUUUUUUUUAUUAUAUUUUUAAUGAAAAUUAGGUUACAAAAUGUGAACUGCUAUUCGUCGUUCGCAAAUUACAGGAUGACGCUCCCAUUUUUAUGUGUAUUGACUAUUUUGCCCUUGAUUGUUUUAAUUCCAUAUAAGGCUCCACCAUGACUCACUUUAGCUAGUAAAAAGUUUAAUAUUAUUCCCGACCCCCCACUUGUCUUUAAAAAAUCCCGACCCACCAAAAAACCCGAGACCACCAUUGUACGGUAAUUCCGACCAAUUUUUAAAAAAUCCCGAGUGUGGUAGUUGGGGCCCACUAUUCACGAUGAGCGACGACAACUUUAAUACGCCGGAGCAGUCGUCGGAAGAAUCUGAUUCGGAGGAUGAAGAAGGCGGUGACGGGGUGGAUUAUAGUGCAAAUUUCGUGACAGACAAGGUUUUUCGAACGUUUGAUGAAGCAGUUAGUUGGGCGGAUGCUGUUGCAAUAAAUCUGGGAUUUAUUUUGGUGAAAUCGUCUUUCAACAGACAGAGGGAUGGUCGACCAUAUCGAUAUUUAAGAUGUGAUCGGGGACGCAGGAGUAAGCCGAGAGAUCUUGAGAACGCAAUAAGGAAGGACACGAAAACCAAAGCCAAUGGUUGUCCUUUCUACAUCAAGAUAUCUUACAAUUUUGUUGACGACUGUUGGUUUAUCACGGCGAAAAAUGAUGUAACUGGGACCCACAACCAUCCAAUGAUUGCGUAUCCAGAGGGGCAUCGUAAAAUAAGCGGGUUAAGCCCGGAAGCGAAGCAGGUUGUGCGUAACAUGACCAAGUCUAAGGUAGCACCGCGUAACAUCAUGGCGACUAUUGCCGAGCAAUUUCCUCAGGAUCAUCCAAACAUCAGACACAUCUACAACUGCCGAAAUUACUUCAGAACCGAGAUGUCAGAUGGGAGAGGAGUUGUUCAGCAGUUUCUACAUUUGGCUAGACAGAGUCAGUAUGUGUACUGGGAAUUGUCUGAUGAUAAUGGCUUUUUACAGCACGCCUUCAUGGCGCAUCCAGCCAUGAUAGACAUCCUACGGACGUACUCGUAUGUGAUCGGUAUGGAUUCCACAUACAAGACCAACCGAUACGGAAUGCCGUUCUUUGAGAUAGUUGGUGUGACACCGACAAAUCAAAAUUUCCUCGUCGGUUACGUCUUCAUGCGCAACGAGUGCACGGCCAGCUAUCGAUGGGUUUUGCAGAGAUUGAGAGACUUGAUCGGGUUUGAUAAGGAACCGUCGGUUUUCUUGACUGAUCGUGAGCUGGGGCUAGUUGCGGCAUUGAGGGAAGUGUUUCCAGGGACCUCACACUUACUUUGUCGAUGGCAUAUUAACAAAGAUGUUGAGGCUCGUGUCACUGAUAUGUUCAAAAGCAAAAAGGUUGAUGCGACAUUCAAGAACAUGAGAUGGAAACGUGUGAUGAACGCUGCAACCGAGGAGGAUUAUGAGGCUGCUGUAGAGAUGAUGAAACUGAAAUGGGCAAGUUAUCCAAAGGUGAUAGAGUAUGUUGAGAGGACUUGGCUUUGUCAUAAAACGAAGUUUGUGACAUUUUGGACUAACCAAGUUCUUCAUUUUGGCAACACAAGCACAUGUAGAGUUGAGAGCCAGCAUUCGGCCGUCAAGAUGUGGUUUGAUUCUUCGACAGGUUCUUUGGAUACCGUAUGGGCCCGAGUUCAUUGUCACAUUGGUAAUCAGAUCAUCGCUAUUCGUAAUGAUUUGGAGGCAUCUAGGUCGAAGAUUGGUCAGAAGUACCGACAAUUGCCAUUGUCACGUAUUAACGGCAAGGUGUCUCAGCAUUGUUUGAAGAUUCUCGACAAGGAGACGAAAAGGAUGAGGGAUCUGAGUUAUCAGGAGUAUGAGCGUUGUGGAUGUGCAUUGCGGGUGACCCAUGGUUUGCCAUGUGCUUGUCAGAUACAUGAGUCUUUAGCUCGAGAAACGGGCUUGUAUAGUAGGCAAAUUCACCAGUUCUGGAAGACUUUGGUUAUCGACAAUGGUAAUGACGGAACAGCGUUCGGUAAUGACGCGACCAAGGACGCCACACAUUUUCGAAAUCUGAUGGACGAGGUACUUGGUAGUGACAAUGCUGUUCUACGAAAUGUGACACGCAUCAUUGAGGAAGAGCUACAUCCGGAUCAUGAUAACCUCCAAGAACCUCAUAUCAACCAUAGGGUGCGUGGUCGACAGAGGAACAACGAUACAAGACGUGAUCGGUCUUAUUUCGAACAUGUGAAUCGCCGAAACAGUCACUCUGGUCAACGACAAGGAGAAGAUGAAUCAGACAUCACCCAAAGCCGGUAUCGACACUUGAUUCCCGGACCGAUGUUGCCUUUCAUCACAUGGUGGAAAGAUGUCAUUGGCGAUGGUAACUGCGACUUUCGUUGUGUCGCCGAGUUCUUCUUUGGUGAUCAAGGCCGAUGGUAUGACGCUCGAGAAACAAUCGCUAACAAGGUCCUUGGUUAUCCAUCCCUAUACGAGAGGAUUUACGGGCUUGGAAGGCUUCAGAUAAAUGUGGAGCGUAUUCGAUGGGGCGGUUGAUGCUCGUCAUUGGAUGGUUUCAAUUCAAGAUUUAUUUCCCAUUGCUACUUGGUUCAACGAAAUGGUUAUUAUUCUCGGUGUAGGCACCGUACCAACGUGCUUGUACCCAUGUCUCACUAUCUUGCCGUUGCGGGCUCGAAGAAGAGUCACGGCACCACAACGGGAGUUUGUCAUCGCUACAGUUUAUGCGUCACAUUUUAUAUUGCUUGAACUUGCACCAGAUUCCCCACUUCCCCCUAUUGCAGGUUGGUGGACCGAGAACCACGAACCAAGUGUUGAAGGUUGGGAUCACCGUUAUGUAGCUAGAAGGAACAUGUGGGAUGCGUUAACUAGACAACAAACUUAUUGAUGUAACACGCAUGUAUGAUGAUUAGUUGUAGAAAUGUAAUUCGUAAAGAAAUUAACUUAACAAAA